AAAGAGAUGGAAUCUCAAAUCCUAAAAUCCUCACUAACCCUUUUCUUCUUCAUUGUUUUAACAACAUUCACUACCUCCGCCGCGGCCUCUUCUUCCUCCACCGUCCGGCCAGUACAACCACACAUCAGAAAGGCAUGCAAGCCGACGCCAUAUCCGCGCCUUUGCGAGACUGCACUCUCUUUAUACGCUUCACAGACCAAAAGAAACCAGCAAGAACUAUGCAGGGCGGCCAUGGUUUCUUCUCUCAAAGCUGCACAAAACGCCACCUCCAUCAUCUCCAAGAUCUCCCGUCGGAAGUUGUCACCCUAUGAAGCCGAAGUCAUCGGAGAUUGCAUCGAUAAUCUCAAUGACUCCGUCGACGAGAUCCGUCGAGCUACCACUGCCAUUAAAAAAUUGAGUCGUUCUAAGGAUGUGGAUUUUCAGUUGAGUAGUAUAAAGACGUGGAUGAGCGCAGCAGAGACCGAUGUUAUCACGUGCACCGACGGGUUGAGCGGCGCGGCGGGGCGGAAGGUGAGGACGAAGGUGAAGAAAGAGGUGAAGAAUUGUAGUGUGAUUGUGGUAAGGCAGAUUAGUAAUGCCUUGUCUCUCAUCAACAACUUCAACUACAAACACUGAGCUUCUGAGUUUCUGAAUUUACUACUUCAAUGGUCACCUAUCAAAUACAAAAUUUGUACUUCCAACUUUAUCCAUUUCAAACUAUAAAAUAU